AUGUCAAUGCCAACGCCUCGUCAGGACCAUCAGGAUGACAUACAUGCGAGAAACAUCCAAAUUUAUGAUAACUUCAAUACAAGAUAUGUGAAUAACGCGCACUCUUCAAAAAAUACAAUAUUGGCUACUACUACGACUAGUGAUAACGAUGAUCGUAAUAACAACUCAACACCGUUUGCAACUGUUAUUGAUGAUGCUUUUACCGAUAACAUCGAUAUUAUUGAGACAGUAUCGUUACGUGGAGAUAGUAUAUUAAAGAUGACGGGUCCAGAGAAACUGAUAUCCACUGCUGUAGGAUCCUAUGAGGCACUUACCAGCGAGAAAUCUAUGAUCCCUCCUAUUAUUUUUCGCUCAUAUCGGAGUCUUUAUAGCUCUGAUAAAAAAAUUCGCAAUUUUAAAACUGGUCGUCGAAAGAACGAGCUCGUUACGAGACCUCUACUACACCAUACCCGAAAGAACGAGCUCAUUAAGAGACCUCCGGUAGGGGCCAGAUACUCGACCGUCGAACAAGA